AUGUCCAAGAACGACCCAGAGGUUGUCCAUUUAGUUGACCGGUGGUGUAGGGCUGAUGAGUUGCAUGGCUCGGCCAGGCUCCAAAAGAAGCGAGCAGCUCAGGAGGUGAGCAGUUCAGCGGUCUCCCGUUGGGAGUCAGGGUCUUUGGCCUCUGAGUUGAAGUCGGUGACGCAAACGGCAAUGCAGCAGACCAAGGAGGCCGUCAUCGGAGAGGCCAAGAUCGUGGCGAAAGAUAUGGUUGACUUGAAGGACGGUGUGGCAGAGGGCAUGCGGCUCACGGUGCAAGACAGCCACUUGUUGCGGGAGAGGCUCCAGCAACAGACACGGAAGGUCUUUCAUCGAGAGGAGUCCUCUUCCGCUGGGGCAACUUCAACAUCCUCCACCGAAAAAAGGCCGAUCGGUUUUGGGCUCGUUUCCAGGUGA